AUGGAAUAAUUAUAUCACAGAGAUCCUACAUUUUAAGAAUAAGAAAAAAAAAGAGAGCAACUUUUAAAUAAAUUACCAUAACCUAAUCUUAGUGCUAAUUUAGAUGAACUUAUAAAUAAUUCAAUUCAACUCUCCUUAAAAGGAACAUCCGAUUUCUUUAUUAGUAAAAAAUUAAAAAGUGCCAGAGAAAAACCUGAUAGUGAAGUAAAUAACAAAUAAUAAAUUAAUCUAAAGGAACUUAUGUAAAAAUUAUUAAAGAAAUUUGAAAUUGAAGAGUAUGGUACAAACUUUACAAAAGAUGUUUAUGAUCCUAAAAAAAUUGGUGAUGAUUCUGUUGUUGAUGAUAAAAAAGUACUUAGACCUACUGUUCCUAAUGUAAUUAUAUAAUUUAUAUAUCUUAGAGUUUUACCCAUUCAAAUAGAUGAUAAAU